AUGUCACUCGUGAUUUUGGGUCAUCAAAAUCCGAUCGAAGUCUCGCAUCAAAUGGACACUUGUGGGGCGACUGGCUUUAAUCCGCCAACCACAGAGGAUUGUGAAAGAUUCCUCAAGAAAACGGGAAAGAAACUCGAAAAAGUGCCAGAUUUUGUGAACGGAAUUCAGCAUUGGAAAGUCUCGGAAGCGCUUCAAUAUCGUAUCGAGAUUUGUGGAGCAGCUGGUGGAAGUCACUUUGAUAAAGGAAAAAAUGAUAAAGGAAACGCUGAUCAAGGAAAAAAUUUCGGUGGAUGUGUACAUUCACUUGUCGAUCUCAACGUUUAUCAAACUUUGACUGUGUCACUUGGACAACGGGGAGAAACUUCGUGUCAGCAUAAUCCAACGGAUCCCCUUUGUGCUCGAGGUUCGGGUUCGGGUGGUGGCGGUGCGUCGAUGGUUUUCCUCAACGAUGUUCUCAUUCUCGUUGCUGGCGGUGGUGGGGGUCUCCUCUCAAAAGGAGAAAUCGAUCACACAGAAGGGAUACCGGAAGAUAUACGUGUCGAGGCGAAAGGCGGUUUUGGCGGAGGUGGAGCCUCGUGCGGGAAAGGAGCCGGCGGUGGAGGAGGGUUUUUGGGUGGCGCACCGGGAGAUGACACUGCCGGUUGGGGUGGUUCCUCUUGGUCCAACGCUGAUGCAGUCCUCCAAACGGAGUUCCGAUCUGGGAAAAACAAUAAAGAUGGGACAUUUAUGAUAUAUGCUUGUCAAUUAAAGUGUCCACAAAAUGCGCGGUGUGUCUUUGAGACGCCAGUCGAUCAGAAAAUGAAAUGCACUUGUGCUGAUGGGGUAGUGGUUGAGGAAAAUGAGCUAUGUGCAAGUGACAAAGAACCGUUUUACCGGGCACUUCUAUUUCUCUUGAUCUUUUUGUGUUUCCUGUUCUCGGUCGGCUAUUGCUGUUACUGCUUGAUGAAGCGUCGAAUGCGAAAAGCGCAACGUCAAAAGCACGCCUAUCAUUGUGAAAUGGAAGCACGGGUUGAGGCAAGGCUACGAGCGAAUAUCACUUCAGAGUUACAACGCCUGAGCAACGAUGAUAACAACGCGUUGCGCUUUUUACUCGAGCAAAUUGAAGAGUUGCCAAAAAUCGAGAGGAGCAACCUUCUUCUACUUGAACCCCUCGGAGUCGGCGCUUUCGGCGAGGUGUUCAAAGCGAAAAUGCGACGCGAUCAGACGACAAUUGAGGUGGCCGUGAAAACCCUCCCAUUCAGCAGCAGUAAACAGGCGCAAGACGAGUUUUUUAUGGAGGCACAAAUCAUGAAUAAAUUCCGUCACGAUAACAUUGUCUCAUUUUUCGGGAUUAAUUUCGAUAUCGAUCCAAAUCCGAACAAUCUCCUCAUGUUGGAUCUUGUGUCGAUGUGUCUCGAUGUGGCAAAAGGAUCUGCCCGAAAUUGUCUCCUCACCUCACAAGCCCAUGAUCGAGUCGUGAAAAUUGGGGAUUUUGGAAUGGCUAGGGAUGUGUACAGAACCGAUUACUAUCGAAAGGGUGGUCGAGCAUUGUUGCCAGUGAAAUGGAUGCCGCCUGAAGCUCUAUUGGACGGUUAUUUCACCACAAAAACCGAUGUCUGGUCGUUUGGGAUUUUAACGUGGGAAGUGUUCUCUCUUGGCUACAUGCCAUAUCCAGGCCGAAACAACAUGGAGGUCCUUGAUUUGAUUUCAAAGGGUGGACGACUCGAACCGCCAAUUGGCACUCCAUCUCAGAUCCAUCAAAUCAUGUUGCAAUGUUGGAAAACGAGAGUGGAAACCCGUCCCACCUUCACCACAAUCAUUCAUUGGUUGCAAAAGUUGGCCGACGAUCCGAUCAUUCGAUCACAACCGAUUCCCGAUAAAAAUCUAUCAAUGCCGUCGACAGCCCAACAAACACCCUGUGUCGAGACACCAAGAUCUGAAAUUACGGUAACAACUGGUCUCAACUCACCGAGCUCGUCAAAAGAAAUGCUUCACAUGAAUGAGAGUUUCGGGAUCGAUACUGAUGAGUUCACUUGUGUCGUCUCAUCUCCAUAUGUAAUCAAGAAUUUCGCGCAAUCGAUUCCCAAGAACUCCUACAUACAACCGAUAUUGGAAGAAGUUGGGAAUGAGAAUGGUAAAGAGGAUACUCUAAUAACUGUGGAUUCGAGUGAGCAGCAGAGCUGUGGACAGCAGAUCUGUGGACAACAGAUCUGUGGACAGCAGAUCGAGCAAUUCCAGGAUCCAUUGAGCAAG